UUCAUGCAACAAUGUACGAUGCAGCUGCAAUGUAUCGGAAAGCCGAUUGGAGGCAUGUAAGCAAACGGCGCAGUACGUAUGUAGGUAGCUAAUACAUACAAGAGCUGUUGCUGUGUAACGCUGCGUCUUCACGGAGCUUCACAAAGCAGCAGAGGACAGACGAUUGCUAUUUUUUGGGUGGCUGGUUUAGUUUAGUUAUUGCCUAGCAUGCUUCCUGUAGUUGCGUGUACCGACGCUGGAGGUGGUGACAUAUUUGACACAAUUCAGAAAGGAAAUAUCGACCAGUGCGCGCACAUCAUUCAACUCGACCGGUCGACGCUGAAACAGAAGGGAUGGGGCGGGUUCACACCCCUUCAUUACGCCGCCUUCCAAGGGAACCGGGCCCUGGCGGAGCUCCUGCUGAGCAGCGGCGCCGACACCAACGUGCCCUGCGACGCGGGCCAGACGCCUUUCCACUUCGCCUGCAGGCACGGGAACAUUUACAUCAUGCACCAGAUGCAACAGCACGGAGCUGACCUCCGCCUCGCUGACCACCAGGGGAAAACGGCCUUCCACCAUUCGGUCGCUGGGGGAAGCAUCUUUGCCGUUCAGUACCUGAAGGAAACGGGCAUGUUCAACUUUUCGGACACCGACAAAUUCCUGAUCACCCCGCUGCACCUGGCGGCCUCCACAGGGAACACGGACGUGGUGAAGUACCUGCUGCGAAAUAACCGCUGCCCAGCGGACGCUGCGGACCAGCAGGGGAUGACAGCGCUGCAUGUGGCAGCGGAGAAAGGCGCCAUCGAAGUGAGCUGGCUGCUGCUGCAGAGCGCAGGGCUGCGCAUACUGCACCUGAGGAGCCACAGCGGCCUCGCGCCCUUAGACCUCUGCAGGCACGGAACCACUUUCAGACAUCAGGAGCUGACUCAGAUUCUUAAUCAGUUCAUCAAUGAACCAACAGAUCAGAAACCCAGGGAGUCAUAUGUUAUGUACUACUGGACUCUCCUGUUCCCGUCCGUCUGUGGUGCUGUGAUUCUUCUCAUAGCCGCGGCACUAGGAGGCUACGGUGGGGUUUUCUGCGGGCUGCUGUUCCCCUGCUUGGGGAAGAGCAUUCUCUCCCAAUACCACAGGAUGAACAGCUAUCAGGGGUUGCCAAACCCUGUUUACCUCGGGACCCUUGGUGCAGGAAUAUUCCAUUCGUUGGUCUGCUUUGUCUGUAAAAUUAUGCCAAAUAUCUGGCCGGCCAACACCCUGCUCCAUGUGUCGAUCGUCCACUUUUUCGUGGUCCUUUGGAUGUUCUGGAAGGUUCUGACCAAAGAUCCAGGACAGUUACACGAACCAGAAGCCGACCCCAGGUUUUCAAGCAUAAUGGACUUAGUGGAAGCGAACCAGAACCCCAGCAAGUUCUGCAUCUACUGUGAGCUAUUCCAACCGGAAAACUGUAAGCACUGCAAGCUGUGUAACGUGUGUGUGCUGGAGUACGACCACCACUGCCUGUUCCUCAACCACUGCGUCGGGAGGGACAACCACCGCCUCUUCGUGGUCUUCAUCCUGGCCCUGGCGGUGGCGCACGCACUCUUCAUCUGCUCCGCUGCAUGCUACCUGUCCGGUAAGUACCCGGGCCCUGGCCGGCCCGCCUGGACCGCGGUGGCGGGGGCGGAGGCCUGGGUGCUGGUGCUGGCCAUCAUGAACCUCCUCACGGCUGUCUGGGAGGGCUGGCUGCUGAAGGAGCAGCUCGAGGCCAUCUCCGAGGGGACCACCACGUACUUCCGGCACUGCGGGAGUGAGCGCCGGCCCCUCAGGCAGCGCUGGGGUGCGGUCGCCUCGUUCCUGCUCCAGGGCAAGGUGCCGAAGCGGCAGCGCAGGUCACCGGUAGCCGUCUGAAAUGGCGCUGUGCCGUGCGCCGUUCCGCGGUCCUGGUAUAUGCACAGGGUGUGUGUGUAUACAGUGCUUGUGUGGAGGAUUGAGCUGUGGUCCAGCUUCAGCCCUCCAUUUCCUCAACGAUGGUCUUAAUUUUUUCUUACUCUACUUACUGUGAAUACCAAAGUAGAUGGGUUGUUGUCAGUCUUUUUUUAACUAUGGAAACAAUACUGUUACAAUACUGAGGCCUCAGUUCUGAGUACCUUUUUAUGGGGUACUAAGGGACAAGCAGAAUGGGACUAGGACUGUGAAAAUG